UUUCUAACUAUAUCACUGUAUUUAAUCGUCUCUCCUUAGAAAUCUAACAAAACCCUAAGGGUUCUUGUAAGAAAAAAAAUCGCCGCCGGAUUGAUCCCAGCAGUUAGUGCCGUCUCUUAAAUCUCUCAUUUUUUGCAACUCUUUGAUCUUAGUCUGCAACUUUUCUUCAAGCUCUAAACCAUAUAUGUUUGGGUUUUCUGGUAACAGUUUUUAACUGCUGGUAUUUAUUUAUCUUUUUCUGGUUGUUGCUGUUACGUGACAAACAUGUUGCACAAAAAUUGCUGUCAAUAAAUUUAUGAUAUGAAUUUGGGGCAAAGAUAAUAACUUUAUUGUGCUUUUUUUGGUGAUAGUUUCUGGGGUUGAUUUUUCGGUGUAUGUGGGUUUUUAUUUUUGGGGUGUGGUAUGAAGUGGGUGUUUGAAAAGUUUGGGUUUUGAUCAGGUUAAAGGAAGCAAUUUUAGGUUUGUAAAUAUGGGGUUUAGGUUAAAGUUUCAAACUUUGGGAUUGUUUUAAGGUUUCAGGGUUUGAUUCUUGCAUGUGGGUAGUGAUAACUUAUAGCUAAUAGAAGAGGUUUUGAUGGUAGAAUAGAGUUUAUCUUUCCUUUUUUUUUUUUUUCCGUUUUUGAGAAUGUUGUCUGAAUUGGGAAGAAGACCAAUGGUUGGAGGUAACGACGGAUCAUUUGGGGAUGAGCUGGAGAAGGAGAUUGGGCUGUUGCUUCGCGAGCAGCGUCGGCAAGAGGCCGACGAUCGUGAACACGAGCUCAAUUUGUAUAGUAGAAGUGGAUCAGCACCUCCAACUGUUGAGGGUUCUCUAAGUGCCGUUGGAGGAUUGUUUGGAGGUGGCAGUGUUCCCGGUGUUGGCAGUGGUGGUGGUGGUGCUGCUGCCUUUCCUGACUUCCCUGGAGCUAAGAAUGGAAAUGGGUUUGUGUCUGAGGAGGAGCUGAGGUCUGAUCCAGCUUAUCUUUCUUACUAUUAUUCGAAUGUGAAUCUGAAUCCCCGGCUCCCACCUCCUUUGCUGUCAAAAGAGGAUUGGAGGUUUACACAAAGGCUGAAAGGAGGGAAUCCUGUGUUGGGUGGGAUUGGAGACAGGAGAGGAAGUAGGGCUGAUGAUGGCUGUGGUAUAUCAUUGUUUUCGAUGCCACCAGGGUUUAACUCCAGGAAACAAGAGGGUGAGAUUGAAUCCGACAAGCUACGUGGCUCUGCAGAAUGGGGUGGUGAUGGAUUGAUUGGAUUACCUGGCUUAGGACUUGGGAACAAACAAAAAAGCCUUGCUGAAAUCUUUCAGGAUGACUUGGGUCGUGCAGCUCCUGUUAGUGGGCUUCCUUCUCGUCCAGCCAGUCGAAAUGCUUUUGAUGAAAAUGUAGACACUGUAGCUUCUGCAGAAGCUGACAUGGUGCAUUUGCACCGUGAACUGUUGACCUCUGAUGCCUUAAGAUCUGGUGCGAAUGGUCAAGGUUCAUCUGCAAUGCAAAGUAUGGGCCCACCUUCUUCAUACACUUAUGCUGCAGCGCUUGGUGCUUCCCUGUCAAGAAGCACAACCCCUGAUCCCCAACUUGUUGCUAGAGCUCCUAGUCCUUGUAUUACACCUAUUGGAGGAGGGAGAGUUGGUGCAUCAGAAAAGAGAGGAAUUACUAGUCCAAACUCCUUCAAUGGUGUCUCAUCCAACAUGAAUGAGUCUGCAGAUCUGGUUGCUGCAUUGUCUGGCAUGAACUUGUCAACAAAUGGUAUGGUAGAUGAUGACAACCAUUUACCAUCACAAAUUGGACAGGAUGUUGACAAUCACCAGAAUUUUCUCUUUGGUCUGCAAGGUGGUGAGAGUCAAAAUAAGAAACAUCCGUACUUAAAGAAGUCUGAAUCUGGGCAUGUGCAUAUGCCUUCUGUUCCACAUCCAGCAAAAGGUUCAUACUCUGAUUUGGGUAAGAACAAUGGGGGUGGAUCAGCAGAUUUGAGCAACUCAUCGUCCAAUAGGUCAGUUGAACUUCAAAAAUCAGCUGUUCCUUCUAACAACCCAUACUUGAAAGGAUCGCCUACAUCCACCCUCAAUGGUGGAGGUGGCUUACCUGUUCAAUACCAGCAAUUAGAUGGUACAAAUUCAUCCUUUUCCAACUACAAUUUGGGUGGGUACUCCAUGAAUCCGGCAUUAGCAUCCAUGAUGGCAAACCAGCUUGGCACUGGUAAUCUGCCACCCUUGUUUGAAAAUAUUGCUGCAGCAGCCCCUGGAAUAGACUCAAGAGUUCUUGGAGGUUUGGCUUCUGGACAAAAUGCAGCAGCUGCUGCAUCUGAAUCACAUAAUCUUCGUAGAAUAGGAAGUCAGAUGACAGGAAAUGCUCUUCAGUCACCUUUUAUAGAUCCUAUGUAUCUCCAAUAUAUGAGGACAUCUGAGUAUGCUGCAGCACAGCUUGCUGCUCUUAAUGAUCCGUCUUCUGAUAGGAACUACUUAGGUAAUUCAUACAUGAAUUUACUUGAACUCCAGAAAGCUUACCUUGGAACUCUUUUGUCCCCCCAGAAGUCACAAUAUGGUGUCCCGUUAGGUGGCAAGUCUAGUGGUUCGAACCAUCAUAGUUAUUAUGGAAAUCCUGCAUUUGGUGUUGGCAUGUCUUAUCCUGGAAGUCCCAUGGCAAGUCCUGUGAUUCCAAACUCACCAGUUGGCUCUGGUAGUCCAAUGAGGCACAAUGAUCUUAAUUUACGCUUUCCUUCUGGAAUGAGGAACUUAGCUGGAGGUGUCAUGGGAGCGUGGCACCUUGAUGCUGGAUGUAACAUGGAUGAAAGCUUUGCGUCCUCACUGCUGGAAGAAUUUAAGAGUAAUAAAACCAAGUCUUUUGAACUUUUAGAAAUUGCAGGACAUGUUGUUGAGUUCAGUGCGGAUCAAUAUGGUAGUCGGUUUAUUCAACAAAAACUUGAAACAGCCACAACAGAAGAGAAGAACAUGGUUUAUCAGGAAAUCAUGCCCCAAGCUCUUGCUUUGAUGACUGAUGUGUUUGGUAAUUAUGUGAUUCAGAAGUUUUUUGAGCAUGGACUUGCACCCCAGAGAAGGGAGUUGGGCAACAAGCUUUUUGGUCAUGUUCUGACACUUAGCCUUCAAAUGUAUGGUUGUCGGGUGAUCCAAAAGGCAAUAGAAGUUGUUGAUCUUGACCAGAAGAUCAAAAUGGUGGAAGAGCUUGAUGGUCAUGUGAUGCGCUGUGUACGUGAUCAGAAUGGAAACCAUGUCAUCCAGAAGUGUAUUGAAUGUGUCCCUGAAGAUGCAAUUCACUUUAUUGUCUCAACAUUUUUUGACCAAGUUGUUUCACUUUCUACCCACCCAUAUGGGUGUCGCGUGAUACAGCGAGUACUGGAGCAUUGCAAGGAUCCAAAUACACAGAGUAAGGUUAUGGAUGAGAUUUUGGGAGCUGUUAGCAUGUUGGCUCAAGAUCAGUAUGGCAAUUAUGUUGUUCAGCAUGUGCUGGAGCAUGGAAAACCUCAUGAGCGCUCAGCUAUCAUCAAGGAAUUAGCUGGGAAGAUAGUUCAAAUGAGUCAGCAGAAAUUUGCUUCUAAUGUUGUAGAGAAGUGUUUAACAUUUGGUGGCCCUGCCGAGCGCGAGUUACUAGUGAAUGAAAUGCUUGGCUCUACCGAUGAAAAUGAACCUCUUCAGGCAAUGAUGAAGGAUCAAUUUGCUAACUACGUUGUACAAAAGGUGUUGGAGACUUGUGAUGACCAACAACGUGAGCUGAUCCUUUCGCGUAUCAAAGUUCAUUUGAACGCACUGAAGAAAUAUACUUAUGGAAAGCAUAUUGUUGCACGUGUAGAGAAACUUGUUGCUGCUGGGGAAAGGAGAAUUGCUGCUCAGUCUCCACACCCUGCAUAGGUGGUGUAGGAAAAGCAAAGUUGUUUGUACAGCUAACUGAGGCUAGUGUGAGCUUCCUCUAUUCCUCUCUCUCUCUCUCUCUUGGUAUCUAGAGCAACGGCUCGGUCUAUCUUUUAAGACUGGUAUGAGCCAGGUUGGAAUAAAGAUGUUGCUUGUACUGAAAACUUGUACAUUGUGUAGUUUUAAAUUUUAUACGUAGAAUCGAGAAAGCCGAGGUUCAGAUGUUGAGCACACCUGAUGCCCCUGUGGAGGAGAUUAAGUGACUAUACAAGUGUUUUAAGGGUGUAAAAAUGAUUAAAAAAAAAAGAAAAAAAAGAACAAAGCAGAAAAAAAAAGGUUGAGGUAGUCUAUUAUGUUAACGCGACUGUACAAAUGUUGCCAUCUGGAGAGCUGUUCAUGUUUAGGAUGAGGCCAUAGUUUUUUUACCUUCUUAGUGUAUGGUUAUCGACAUCUUUCUUUCAUAAGAACACAAAUUUUCUUUGCUGUUAA